UCGACUCGCGAGUGUGUGCGUACAUGACAUACGUCGGUGGUGCGUAGGUGUCAUCACUUUGCACAGGAGCUGUCGAAAUGUUCGGCUGUUGUUGGUGCUGCGCUGCGUUACGUCCAAGAUAUAAGAGGCUCGUCGACAAUAUUUUUCCGGUUAAUCCUCAGGAUGGUUUGAUUAAAAACAAUAUGGAAAAACUGACGUUCUAUUCAUUGAGCAGUCCUGAGAAGUUGGAUAGGAUUGGAGAAUACCUGUUCCAACGAGCUUCCAGAGAUAUUUACAGACGACGAAAUGGCUUUGUUGUGAUCGCCAUGGAGGCAAUGGAUCAGCUUCUAGUAGCUUGUCAUGCACAAACUUUGAAUCUUUUUGUAGAAAGCUUUUUAAAAAUGGUGCAAAAACUGCUAGAAUCCACAGACCCUCAAUUACAGAUUCUCGCAACACAAUCUUUUGUCAGAUUUGCCAACAUUGAAGAAGACACACCUUCGUAUCACACUCGUUAUGAUUUCUUUGUGUCCAAAUACUCGGCGAUGUGCCAUUCCAAUAAUGAUGAUCCUACUACACGCAAGCAAAUUAGACUUGCUGGAAUUCAAGGAUUGCAGGGCGUUGUGAGAAAAACUCUUUCUGAUGAUUUGGUUGAGAAUAUAUGGGAGCCUGUACAUAUGGACAAGAUUGUACCUUCAUUACUAUACAACAUGCAAAAUUCAAGAUAUGCCGAUAAGGAAGACGCAACACCGGACAGCCCAACUGAAGAACGAUCUGAUCCGCCGCAAUUUGCAGAAACUUGUAUGCGAGAAUUGAUUGGACGUGCGUCAUUUGGUCACAUUAGAUGUGUUAUAAGACNAUAUUUUAGGCAUCUAGACAAUCAUCAGUUAUGGGUCCCUAAUUACUUUGCAAUUCAUACUUUCAGAAUAAUUAUGUUUUCUAUCCAAUCGCAAUAUUCUUACACAGUAGUAGAAGCUUUAAUGACACAUCUCGACGAUCACUCAAAAUCAUCCCCAAAGAUUCGUACUAGUAUUGCGGAUACUUUGUCUAAAAUUAUAUCAAUUGCUGCAGGUGAAAGUGUCGGGCCAUCUGUAUUAGAGAUUAUAAAUUCUUUAUUGUCUCACCUACGAGUUAGUGUAACGCGAAAUCAAUCGUCAAGCAGUGAUGAACAAUUAUACCAAGAAGCUCUUAUUAAUGCCCUUGGAGAGUUUGCAAAUCAUCUUCCGGAUUAUCAGAAGAUUGAGAUUAUGAUGUUUAUUAUGAGUAAAGUUCCAUACAGUCAGCCGGAUCGUAUUGUAUCCGUCGGCAAAGGAGAUGUAUUGCUUCAGAGCAUACUUUUAAAAUCACUAUUAAAGGUUGGUACAAAGUACCAAACUAUCCACUUGAAUACAACAUUCCCACCCAGUUUCUUGGAUCCAUUACUAAGAAUGUCAUUGGCAGCAGAUGCUGAAAUGAGGCUUCUUGUACAGAAAAUAUUCCAUACCUUAAUCGACAGACGUCGGAAUAUUACAAAACUUGCUAAACCAACUGUGAAUGUAGCAGAACUUGGUCUUGCUAUUGAAAAAGCGUCCCGACCUGAUGUAAUCUUUAUUCGGAAACAUGGUCCUGAAAUCUAUUUAGCACUAUAUGAAUCAUUAGAGAUGUCUAGUAACACGGUAGAAAAUGUGGAAUCUAUUUACACCACAUUGGCAUUACUUGCCAUUGAAUUGGCUUCCGAAGAAACAGUGUUAGAAUUACUAAGAUUGGUAUUGAGCUUGCAAGAUUUGGCAUUAACGAGUGCUCAAAUUAGCCUUUCACUUAAAUUCAACUUACACGCAAUAGUUAUCAGCCUAUUAGUCUUAAUAUCAUAUGUUUGUAAUAUCACUGCUCUUAUGGAUUAUGCGAAGAAGGUGGUGGAAGCACGUCGCAACGAUAGCCCACAUUUACUACCGGAUUUACAAUCUCAAUAUGAUAUUGGUCUAACAUCUAGAUUAGCACCAGCUCUUUUAGUCGAUCAAACCGUUGUCAGCGAAUGCCUAAAAGGAGCUGGUCUUGACAGUGGAAAGUUACAACAAGGUUCGGGUUACAGCGGCAAUUCCUUACAACACAGACAUUCAUGGGUUGACAGUGCAGGACGAAAUUCACUAGCCGACAUUAAUUCUGGAGGUCCAGAAUUGGACAGUGGAGGUUCAUCACCUGGUGUGCAAAAGAAAUUACCUGGAGAGGAAUUAACGUUUGAAAGUAUGAAAAGAAUUUUGACAGAGAACAAUAAUAAUCAAAUAAUAGAAGAGGAAAAGCGAAUGCAACUUUCACAAUUCUUUAGGAAUGCACCAUUCCAAGAUUUAGUAUCGAAAACACAACCAAAGCACGAUGUUUUACAGAGUAAGCUGUCAGAGAUAUUUAAUACAUUAUCUGUUGAUCCACGCAAUACAGUUCCUACAACUGGACCACAGACAGAUGCUAAACCAAAUCAAACCCCAGCUUAUGAAAUUCAUUUCCCAGAGCUGUUUGUAUAUUAAAUUGCUAAUAUUCUUGUUGCAUUAAUAUUAAUGUAGAAUUGCGUUGAUUAGAUCUUGUAAAUGUUAUACAUAUAUACACAUAUAUAUAUAUAUACAUAUAUUGGAUAUAUAUACAUCCAACAGAAUGCAAAUAAUAUUCUAUAUUUCUAUACUUUAAAGGUUGACUUAUAUAUAUAAUAGAGAAAAUAUUUUUAUUUAGUUUUAUAUAGUAUAGUUUUUAUAUAUAUAUAUUUAUUGAGAGUAGACUAAGUUAUCCCCACUUGUUUAUUUUUAAUGAAUAGAUGUCAAAUUGUUAUAUGUAUUAAAGUAUGAAAAUAGUUAAUUUUUUUAUAAAAUCACUAAUGGCUUUAUGGAAUCUUAAAUUAUAUAGACACAGGAAUUUCUUAUAUACAAUGGACGAUUCUAUGGACACUCAAAGAUUUUAUAAAAUUAUGUAAUUAAAUAUUUUUUUUCAUAAUAGAAAUUGAUUUACUUCAGUGGAUAAAUGUAGAAUACAAAAUGAAAAAAAUUUUACAUAAAUGUUGAUAUAAUUAAGUUAUUCUAUAUAUGUAAAUUAGAAAAUUUCGAUGAAAAUUAAGACAAAUAAGUGAAUUAAAUGUAUGUACGGUAAUAGUGUCAAUUAAAUGUACGCUGUUAUUUAAUCAUCACGUAAAGUUGAAAAUUGCUUAUCUGUAUGUUCUGUAUUAUCUUUAUGUAUAUUCACGAUUUGAAAAAAGAAUUUUUUCUCACGGCAAAUCCCGUGAUCGAAAAAGAUUGCACAAUAUAUAUUUAUAAAUACAUAAUAGCAAAUGAUUCGAAAUAUUUUGUAAAUAUAUAUUAAAAUAUAUGUAUGUUAAUCUAGAAAAAGAUUUGUCAAUGCAAGAUUUAUGCUAUGCCUUGUCUCCAGUUCACA